AUGGCUUCUUCUCUUCGUGCCGCCGCCAAGCAAAUUGACUGGACCAAGCUUAGCAACACGCUUCCUUCAGAGACUGUCGCUGCUCUUCAAGCCUUCCGUAAGCGCAAUGACGAAGCUAAGCGUCUUUUGAACGAACUCAAGGAGCAAUCCACCACCGUCGAUUUCGCUCAUUACCGCAAGGUCCUCAAGAACCAGGCCAUCGUCGACCAAGCUGAGAAGGCUGUUCAAGGUUUCAAGCCCGUUGCUUACAAUCUCGAUGCUCAACUCAAGGCCAUUGAUCAGUUUGAAGCCAAGGCUGUUGAGAAGGCUUCCAGCACCGUUCAAAAGAUUGAUGUCGAACUCAAGGCUCUUCAAGCUACCCUUGGUCACAUUGAAGGCUCUCGUCCCAUUGAACAACUCACUGUCGAUGAUAUCAUUGUCGCCAAGCCUGAGCUUACCAAGGAGAUUGAAGAAAAGCUUCAAAAGGGCGAAUACACUGUCAAGGGUUACAAGGAACGCUUUGGCGACAUCUCGUACUUCUAA